UCCGGUUCCCCUGGCAACCUCGGGGCCGGCUUCGGGCGCGGCGGCGCGAUGGAGACGCCCUGCCUGGGGGCCCCGGCCGCGCUCGCUGCCCUGAGCCACCUGCACGGAGCGGAAAUACAACUGAAAAAUGAAGCAUAUGCAUUCAGUGAAGAAGCUGUGCAGCACCUUGAAGAUGCUAUUGAAGCUAUUAAGAAACUGGAAAAAUUAAGAAGACAUACCCUUGAACUUCUAGAAGAGGAGACCAUAAAAAAUAGUAAUCUCCGUUUAAAACUCCAGAAUCUUCCAGAAGUGGUUACCAAGGAGUUGGAAGCUCUUGUUGCUGCAGCCCGUGAAUCCAGUACUGCUAAGAUAACUCAAUUGCAGACUGCACUGAAAAACGUCACGUAUGAAAUCGAAUCCCUGAAUCAAAAACAAAUAUUUUGUGAAACCCAGAAUGCUGCUAUGUGUAAGGAGCAAGAGUGGCUGUGGGUCCAGCAUGAAGAAGCUGUAGACUUACUGAACCAGCAGAUGGCACAGAAAGCUAACACAAAUAUACUUUUAAAUGAGUUUUACAACAAAAAAAAGGAUGCAGAACAAGAAAUAAUCAACCUAAUGAAUGCUGUAAAAGAAGUGAAAGAUGUUCUAGCUAAAGAAAUAAAAAUAUUUAAUGAUGAAAAAGAAAUGUGGGCUAGAAAGAACGCAGAGAUGAGAACAAAACUUGAUCUUCAGAAGGCAGAAACUUCAGGAAAAAAGGAUGAAUUUGAAAAAUUGUCCAUAAAGCUAUCGGCUGUGCAGUCUGAGAUAGCUCAAAAUACAGCGAUUAUUUUUAAUGAGAAAGUUCAGAUAGCACAACUGAAAGAAACAAACGAACAACUAAUAAUGGAAUUAAAACUUAAAAUGACGGAAAAGAUGGAACUCUGCGAAAGGAAAUAUAGCCUCGAUUCUGAUCUACUGCUUUUGCAAUCAAAAAUUGCCCAAGAAAGAGAGAAUCUAAAUAUUGAUAUAGCAAAGACUAAGGAAGAAUUAAGUACAGCUGAAGGCCUGAAUAGAAAACUUAAACAUGAAAAUAAAUUUAUAAGUAGCCAGUAUCGGAUAUUACUGGCAGAAGAGGAACACUCACAUGCAAAAAGGAACGAGGCAGCAGCAGAACUUGAACGAUUAUCCAAUUGGCUGGAUGAAAGACUUGAAGUUCUGUCAACGCGUGUGCUGGAGGAGCAAAACGUGGAGGAUGAAGUUGAGAGACUCGAAGAUCUCUUUCAAAACGCUAAGGAUGCCUAUGCAAGAGAGCUAGAGAAUCUAGAGCAAUGUUUAAAGAGAGAAAGUGAGAUGAGAGCUUUGCUUCAGUGGAAGCAACUUCACCUAGCAAAGAAGAAGGAAGUCUUGUGGAUAACAGAGGAGAAAUUCAUGAAUGAAAUGAAUGUAAGACUUGAGACUGGUAAAAAACGUCAUGCUGAGCUAAUUGCAGAGAAUGAGCAUUUCCAGAAAGAAAUUUUGCAGGCUGAGGAACAGGUCAAACACCUUAGUGAUGAUGUAAAUAAAAGGGAAGCUGAAUGUGAGAAGUAUGAAUACAGCUUAACAGAAGACAUACAAUGGCUUGAGGAUGGUGUCCAAGCUAAAACUGAAGCUAUAUAUCAAAAAGAACAACAACUAAUUCUGAGCAUCCCUCUCAUAGAAGAAAGACGGAAAGAGUUGGAAGAGAAGCAUGAAAAAUAUGAAGAUUUGAAAAAAAUAGUCUCCGAACUAAAAGAUGAUGAGACAAGACUGACAAAAUCCAUUGAUCAGUCAGUCAGGAUGACUGGUAAACUCAAGAAGAUCAUGGCUGAGCUAAAGAAUGAAUUAAGAAUAAAGCGUGACUUGGCAUUUGACCAGUUGAAAGAUCAUACGGAAGUUCUGAAGUUGCUAGAGAGGGACAUCUAUGAGGUCGACAGGAAGCUCGACAUUGUGAAGACAGAAAACUGCAGACUGAAAUUAUGCAAUUCACAGAUGAAAGCGGAUAUUUUGACAGUGAGCCAUGAAGCCGAAAACCACAAAUCAACAACAAUAAAAAUUCUGAGUGAUCUGACAGUCCUUCAUCAGCUUUUUCUGAAGGGAUGGUCAGAGGACACUAGCAUUCAAAAGGAAUUUGUGGAGAAUGAGAAGGAAAUCCUGGCUGCAAUAGCAGAUCUUAUAAUGAAACUUCAUCAGAGAGAGAAAAAGAUUGAUCGUAUUAACAAAGGGCUACAAAAUAACUUUGAUGGACUGGAUUCUUUAUUAGAAAGUAAAUCCAGCAUGGAACCCAGUGUUUCUGAAGGAUAGAAUAUUGGAGUAAAAAGGAAAAGGGAGACGGUAGUUCCAAGUGAGGGGGUGACAGAAGCCAGACACUUUACCAGAAAACCACAGCUCUAUUUUGCUACUUUAUUCAAACAGAUGCUAAUAUACGGCAUUAUGAAAUAAAUAAAUAAGGU